AUGGUACCCCCUGCAGGUCUGAUCAUCGCUGCCACCAUCGUGGUGGCAGCCGGCAUCGCCGCAUACGAGAACCCAGAAGUCCGAGCAUGGAUCGAUCGAACAAGACACAAGAUUGCCAUGGGCCUCCAUAACCUUGGAGAUGAGAUUGGUCCCAAGAAGUCCUCUCGGCCGCACCGCCCUUCGAACGAUGCUUCGAUGCACGAGGAGCAAGGAGAAUCCGCAGAACUGCGAAGGAGAGCUGCCAUCGCCGAAAUCAUGGAGCGAGGGCGCAUAAUGGAGGAGAGGCGCAAAAGAAGAAAACUAUCCGGCCAGGAGUCAAGAACGCCCUCCUUUGAUACCCUUGUGGACGACAACGGUAUCCUUAUCCAGGAUAUGGUGGGCACGCAGUCAGGUACACAAGCGCAGUCAUCAGCUGUUGAGCCAGUGGCGCAGCCUGAUGUUCUACGAGCCCGCGGAGGACUGUCCGAAGUCCGCAAAGGGUCUCCCGGUGCUCAGCAGUCAGCAGAAGCAUCUCUACCUAUGACCCAGUCGCCCAUAAACCCCUUCGAGCCAGCAGACUCUUCUGCCUUCGAAUCACGGUACGAACGGGAAAUGCGCGAAGCGUGGAACAUUCCACUAUCAGACAGGCGCAUCGAGAUUCCUACAAGUCACCCAUCCGAGAGUCUAGUUGAAUUGACGCCUACCACUGAAAACGCUCCUGAUCCGGACUACUCCAUACCGACCGCCGAGUAUCUUCAUCAACGCUUCGCUCAGCCAGAAUAUUUCUCUGCAGUCGCAUCCAAUUCGAGCCACACAUUUUCCGAUCAUGAAUCACAACAUGAACCCUCGGCGGAGAGUAGACGUCUGAGCCACCCUUCCGGACUGGACUCUUUCUCUCCCCAUGCUUCAAACACUUCCUCUCGCGCUCCCACCAUCGACGGUAGCCUGAGCAGCAUCCACGCAAGUGAGGCUGAAGACGGUGAGGAUGACCUCCUCAGCGAGAUAGGUGAUGGAAUUCGGACCCCUGCAAGUGUCUGGACCGAAGUAGGGUCGACUGUAAGUGGAGAUGCGUUUUAG